GUGUGAAGGAGUGGGGAAGUGUGGUAGAGUGAAGGACGUGCUGCUUUAAAAUGAGAAAGGAGAGCAGGUUAAUCCGAUGGAUCUGGUGGAUUGUGGUUGUGACGGCUUUGUUUUUUCUGGGCUUUGUCAUCGGCUGGUUUGCAAGGCCAACACAUCCUAACCAAGAAAACAACCGUGCAUCCAGCAAGCACCUGAGGGAGUUUCUGGAUGACAUGAAGCCAGAAAACAUCAGAGCGCAUCUCAGGAAAUUUACACGGCUACCUCAUCUGGCUGGUACAGAGCAGAACCUAAGGUAUGCAGAAGAGAUCAAGAAAGAAUGGCUGGUGUUUGGAUUGGAUUCAGUGGAGAUGGUGCCCUAUGACGUCUUAUUGUCCUAUCCCAACAAAUCACAGCCCAACUACAUCUCAAUAGUGGAUAAGCUUGGCAAUGAGGUUUUCAACACUUCCUUGGCUGAGCCAGUUCCAGAGGGGUAUGACGAUGCUUCUAUUGUGCCUCCAUACAGUGCUUUCUCUGCCAAAGGACACCCUGAGGGUGAGUUGGUGUAUGUGAACUAUGGACGCACUGAAGACUUUUUCCAGUUAGAAAGGGACAUGAGAAUUAAUGCAACUGGGAAGAUUGUUAUUGUCCGAUAUGGGAAAAUAUUCAGAGGCAAUAAGGUGAAGAAUGCCAUGUUAGCUGGAGCCAAAGGGAUCAUUAUGUUCUCAGACCCAGCAGACUACUGGGCUGCUGGAGUCCAGCCCUACCCUGAUGGCUGGAACCUGCCUGGUGGAGGAGCUCAGAGGGGAAAUGUUCUCAACCUGAAUGGAGCGGGAGACCCCCUGACACCGGGGUAUCCUGCAAAAGAAUACACCUAUAGAUUUAGCCCUGAGGAUGGAGUGGGACUUCCCAAGAUUCCUGUGCAUCCAAUUGGCUUCCAUGAUGCAAUUCACCUACUGAAGAACAUGGGAGGGGAAAUUCCACCCAACAACUGGAAAGGAGCUCUGAAUGUCUCCUACAGGAUCGGCCCAGGCUUUGUGGAUGACUUCAAGAGCCAGAGGGUGCGCAUGAACAUCCACACUAACAACCAGGUAACCAGGAUCUACAAUGUCAUUGGUAGGAUAAGAGGGGCUCUGGAGCCAGACAGGUAUGUUAUUCUUGGUGGGCACCGGGAUGCUUGGGUGUUUGGAGGAAUUGAUCCCAUGUCUGGUGCUGCAGUUGUCCAUGAAACCGUAAGGAGCGCCGGAAGGCUACUAAGGAAAGGCUGGAGGCCCAGGAGGACUAUAAUAUUUGCCAGCUGGGAUGCAGAAGAGUUUGGACUGCUGGGAUCUACAGAAUGGGCAGAGGACAACACCAAGCUGCUGCAGGAGAGAGCUGUCGCCUACAUCAAUGCCGACUCUGCCAUCGAGGGCAUGUACACUCUGAGGGUUGACUGCACGCCAUCGCUGCACACUUUGGUUUAUAACCUCACCAAACAGAUAGCCAGUCCAGAAGAAGGAGAGGAGGAAGUUUCUCUCUAUGAGAGUUGGCACAAGAGGGACAACUGGACAAAUGAUCGUGAUGCACCAAGGAUCAGUAAACUUGGCUCAGGCAGUGAUUUUGAGGCCUAUUUUAUCCGUUUGGGAAUCGCAGCAGGUAGAGCAAGAUACACCAAGAACAAGAAAACAGAACGCUACAGCAGCUACCCUGUCUACCACAGCGUGUAUGAAACCUUUGAGAUAGUGGAGAAGUAUUAUGACCCAUCCUUCAAGAGGUUGCGAGCAGUCGCCCAGGUGAGAGGCGGCCUUAUUUUCCUAUUGGCUGAUUCCCAGCUCCUCCCACUUGAUGUCAACCAGUACGCAGACUCACUGCAAAAGUAUGCAGGGAGCAUCUCACAGCUGGCACAGAGGCACCCAGAUGAGAUGGAGAUGUAUGAGGUGUGUUUCGAUUCUUUGUUUUCUGCUGUGGAGAACUUCACUGUGGCAGCCAGUGACUUUCAUCAACGCCUGCAGACUGUCAACACAGCAGACCCUCUGCAGGUACGGGCCAUGAAUGAUCAGCUCAUGUACUUGGAGAGAGCCUUCAUAGAUCCACUGGGUUUACCUGGCAGACCCUUCUACAGACAUGUGAUCUUUGCUCCCAGCAGCCAUAAUAAAUACGCAGGCUUGUCUUUCCCCGGGAUCUACGACGCAUUGUUUGACAUUGAGAACUCAGCUGACCCACAGAAGUCCUGGGAGGAAGUCAAGCAUCAAAUCAGCAUUGCAGCAUUCACUGUUCAUGCUGCUGCCAUGACCCUAACACCACCUGCAUGAAGCACAAAUAAUUCUUUCUCCUUGUGACUGAGUCAUCUAUUGACAGUUAUGUUAUCACACCAGAAUGAUAGAAGGGCAAAAACACUCUCUGCAAGGCAAAUAGAAAUGGACAAUCCCUGUUUUCUGGUGCAGUCAUGUUUCCGAUGCGUCCAAUGACCAGCCACCAGAUGAGUUUAUGAGUUUCAUCACUGGAGCAUAACUUACAAAUCUGUAUUAUUUGUUAUUUUGCAACAGAAACUGAA